AAGAUACAUACAUUCUCGAUAUGAUUUUGCUGUAGAUUAGAAUAGAAAACCAGUACAAUCAGAGAUAUGUGCAAAGACUGCUUUUUUUGUUUAAUUUUUAGAACUAAAUAUUCCAAAAAAUUGAUCAUAGCAUACUAAAAAGCGUAAUAAAGCCACACUUCAAGGACGAAGAGGGUUGUGGGAGCAACGACUGCAUAUAGUGGGCAUGUACAGAACGGUUUGCUAUGUUUGCAUAUACUCGCUACUACUUUUACCGGAAGUUCAACGGGGUAUUUGGUACACAAAAAACCAGUUGCUAACUUCGAGCAGUAGAAGUAGCACGGUAGUAAAAUUCGUAUUUACUGCUGCUAUUAAGUGUCCUUCUCGUGUCUAUCUAGAUCUGGGAGGGGUCUGUAUUUGCGUGGUGUCUCUUAAUUAAAAACUGUGACAUGAAUACAAUAAUUUGAGGAUUGCCACACACAAAUUGGGAUUACACCAUGACGGAUAACAAGCGCUUCGGAUUGGACCCUUCGGGUAUCGAUGCCCGCAUGAAAGAGGGAGUGGAUUCAUUGGAAAAAGUCCAAGAGAUUUGCACCCUUCUCCAUACUUCCGUGCAGGAAGGGUUAUCUUCAUUCCCAGCUCACUUAUCCCUGCGUGAAUCAGCCUUUGGGAAAAAUGAAUACUCAGCACAACCACCACCUCAUUAUUCACAAACUUUUUUCUCCCUACUUGCAAAAUCUUAUAGCGAACUCCAACCCAGAUUUAUUCGCAAUAUUCUUGUGUGCGCGAUGAUUUUUUAUGUGGUUUUCAUCGUCAUUAUUGUGGACCCUGGCGCUGAGUUAUCCACGUAUCUUCUAAUUAUUCUCGCAUACAUUAUCGAACCGCUGGCAUUCCUCUGUGUCCCAAUUUUCAUGGAGGCAAGAUGGACCUAUCGGAAACAAGUCAUGCUGAAUAUUGCACUUCAACGGGUUGGGAACACAGGUCAAACUGCAACGGUUAUGCGAGGUGGAGAGCUAACGGCGAAAGUAAAGUUUGAGGAUAUUGUUGUUGGAGAUAUUGUCCAGUUAAGUCCGGGUGAUGUGGUCCCAGGAGAUGGGUUAUUAUUGGGUCAAGAUAAUGGACUUGUGUUUGGCACCACCGGAUCUGAUGGGGCUUACUCAUACCCGGGUUUCGGAGUUUGUGCAGGCUCAGCCGUAUCGAAAGGGAAGGGACAGAUAGUUAUUGUUGCCGUUGGAAGUAACACUCGGCUAGGGCAGAUUAUAAGUGAACCUCCACAGAAUAAGGAACUAUUUCCAGUAACCUACAUACUUGUCAUUGCUACCGUCAUGGGAUUAUCAUUUUUUUUCACAAUGACGACAAUGUUUUUAUUCAAUACCUACAUCAUUGAACAAAUGCCUGGGGAAGUUCGACACCUCCAACAAAUUAUGACCUUCUUUGGCUACAGUGUCAACUGUUUUCUCCUCAUGAUCCCCUUUUCCCUCCCUUUGAUCAUUGUCUGGAUACUUCAUCGUUCGAAAGAUAGCUCCAAGGCGUUUCAUGGAAUAUUUAAAAUCGUCCAAUUGAAAGUGAUUUACAACAUUCUCAUCGUUUCCGUAAUGUUCAUCCAUUACGCACUAAUACCUGUCCUGUUUAUUAGUGGGCUGCAGAAAAUUUGGAUGAAUACAUUUGCAACGCUUCUGGCCCUAUUGUUGUAUCCGACUGAUGAUGCAAAUCGACCAUUGAAGGGUGCCGAUGAAAUUCUGACGAUGGCCCGUGAAACAUUAAGAAAUAUUGCUGGCCAAGUAUUUUGGCAGCUUGGCAUUCUACUCGGGCUCAUUUUACUUGGGGGGCCAUGGCUGGACCUUAAUACCAAUCCGGAUACGGGACCUACCGCGUACAAUACUAUGAUUUUUAAUACUCUUGCCUUCAUGACGCUAUUCAAUUUAUUCUGUGUCCGAGUUGGAAAAGUUGAAAAAAAUUGUUUUGCUGGUAUUUUAAAGCAUCGAAUUUUCUGUGUCGUGUGGAUUCUUGCUGCCAUUCUGCAGUUGAUUAUAACCCAGUGUGGAGGUUUAUUAUUUAAUAUUCAUCCCUUGACCUUGACGGAGUUAAUUAUAUCUUUGUGCCUAGCGUUGAGCAUUUUUAUUUGGACACAAAUUCUUGUCUUCAUUUGCUUCAGAAACAAUGAGCAAUCAAACCGAGCCAGAGAUUAUGAGAAUAAUGAAACGGAGCUGUAGAGCAGAAUAUUUUUUUAAUUUCUGUACCAACUUUAACUUACUCAUUAAAAAAAUAAGCCGAAGUACAACUUUAAA